UCCUCCUGCGUCAACAACAUCCAGUUCAUAGUUCGCGUUCCUCGAAGGCAUUGUAGUAGGAUUUCUAAUGAAGUAUUCUCUGCCUUUAGGGGCCCCAGGUGAACUCGUUCCGUGUUGAAUUGAGCAGCUGGGUUUGUUACCUGCAACGAGGAACAUCGUGUCAAAGUACUGUUUAAGUCAGCAGAAACUAUGCAUUCCCAAAUGAAGUACUUGGUGCGCCUGAAGCCCUGCGCUCCUCCUCGCAGCAAGCGGAUCCCCGAGAGGAAACUCUGGUCUUACUGUGCAGCAAAACAACAGCUAGACGGAGGCUUUAGCGCGACAGGACGGCAUGCAGCUGCAAGAGAGCACGCUUUUGUCGGAACACGGCGCUGCACGAACCAUGCAUCUGACUGCGCAUACAGCCGAGCUUUCGCUUUGGCAAGGGACCACCCGGAAACUUUCUGGGGUGAGAUGGCUCAGAAUAUAAACUGGUUUGAGCCGUGGAGCAAAACUCUGCAUGUAGAGGACCCGGUGUUUCCAAACUGGUUUGUAGGCGGAAAGUUAAACAUGUGCUACAACGCUGUGGACCGUCAUGUUGAGAGUGGCCGCGGAGAGCAGCCAGCCAUCAUUUAUGACAGUCCAGUGACUGGAACUAAGAAGAUCAUCACCUUCAGAGAACUGCAGGGCCAGGUGUCCAGAUUAGCAGGAGUUCUUGUGAAAAAUGGGGUUCAGAAAGGAGACCUCGUUGUCAUCUACAUGCCCAUGGUGCCCCAGGCCAUGUUCACCAUGCUGGCCUGUGCACGGAUUGGUGCUCCACACAGCCUAAUCUUUGGUGGCUUUGCUUCCAAGGAGCUGUCAGUCCGCAUUGAUCAUGCCAAACCCAAGAUGUUGGUGACAGCCUCGUUCGGCAUCGAGCCAGGCAGAAGAGUUGAGUACAUCCCGCUGGUGAAGAAGGCCUUGGAGAUGAGCUCUCACAGACCCUCUAAAGUCCUCAUGUACAGCAGGCCCAACAUGGACAAAGUUUCGCUCGAUCCGGAGCUGAGUCUGGACUGGGACCAGGAAAUGGCCGCUUCUCGUCCACAUGACUGUGUUCCUUUGCCCUCCAACCAUCCUUUGUACGUUCUCUAUACAUCUGGGACCACAGGAACACCGAAGGGCGUUUUGAGAGACACUGCAGGGUAUGCUGUUAUGCUGAAAUGGACCAUGUCAAAUAUUUAUGGACUCAGUCCCGGAGAUGUUUGGUGGGCUGCCUCUGAUUUGGGCUGGGUGGUCGGCCAUUCCUACAUCUGCUAUGCUCCUUUACUCCAUGGUAACAGCACCAUUUUAUAUGAGGGGAAGCCUGUUGGGACUCCAGAUCCUGGCGCGUUCUUCCGUGUUUUAUCGGAGUACGGAGCGUCCUCCAUGUUUACCGCACCCACCGCAAUCCGGGCCAUUCGGCAGCAGGACCCCAGCGCUGCAGUCGGGAGGAAAUACCCUUUGACCAGGUUGCAGACGUUAUUCGUGGCAGGAGAGCGGUGUGAUGUUGAGACACUGGAGUGGGCAAAGAAGAACUUUGGCGUUCCGGUUCUGGAUCACUGGUGGCAGACGGGUGAGAAAACAUUCAUUUUCCUCAGAUAA